CUAUUGCCUGAUUCAAGCAAAUCUGGUGACAAUCUAUUCAAUCAUUUAUCUGAGUCUCCAAUUGAGUCACACUUUGUAUUUGUCGGCUAUUAUUGUGCUCUCAAUUCACUGCUAAUUGACACAAAUUGAGUGUCCAUUUCAUGCAAAUGGUGUGAAAGCAUACAAAAUGUUUUCAUCAGUCAUAUGUUGACAUUUGUAUGGAUAUUGCAUUUGUUUAUACUAUAGAUUGUGUGAAAUGAGUGCUAAAUAGUCACUAAUUCAGUGUCUAUUCAGAGGUUUGAUUGCAUUUGUAGUGACAUUGAAGUUGACUGAAGAAGCGUUUGAAUCUUGACGGUGGUCACAAUGGAUGGCAUUGACUCCAAUAGAGUCGGAAUGUUAACCAUUGAGUGGGAAAUGAUGAAUAAGAAGCGAUUCUUCAUCCUUUCGGCCAUCAAUUCUCUGGGUCUCAGGUGUGUCUUAUAUCCACUGACUGUCAUCAAAACACGUCUUCAGGUUCAAAGACACGGACAGAUGUACAGAGGUACUUUUGAUGCCUUCAGAAGUAUCAUCAAAACCGAAGGCUUUUCUGGUCUUUACAAAGGCUUUUGGAUCAAUUCAGUUCAAGUGGUUUCUGGAAUCGGUUAUAUCUUAACGUAUGAGAAGGUUAGGGAUAUUCUCUCCAAGAAUGACAUUCACGACAGUCGUCUCAAAGGACUGAUCGCCGGAGGCUGUGGCUCUUUAGUCAGUCAAACGAUUAUUUGUCCAUUCGAUGUGAUAUCACAGCAUCUGAUGCUCUUAGGAAGCGGUCAAAAGAGCAAAACGUCUCAAACGGCCCCUAAUAUACCGAAAUUACAAUUAGAAACUAAUCGACAGAAAGGGUUCGGCGCCGCCCGACAGGUCAUCAAAGAGCUCUAUAGGAUUGACGGCGGACUCAAAGCCUACUAUAGGGGAUACUUUUCAUCGGUUGCCACAUAUGUGCCCAGUAGUGCCCUUUGGUGGAUGUUUUACCCCAUAUUUUCCAAUACUUUGAUACCACUAUUCCCUGAGAAUACGCCUCAUAUGUUAAUUCAAUGCGUUUCCGGAUCUAUAUCUGGAAUGACAGUCGCGGUCGUAACGAAUCCAAUGGAUGUGUUGAGGGCUAAUAUUCAGGUGCGAAGAAUCGGUUCAUUCGUAUUCGCAAUGAAACAACUCUGGGCUGAAGAGCAGUUCAAUGUAUUCAAGAAGGGUCUGUCCGCACGACUCACUCAGAGCUGUAUAUCAUCUGCUUUUAUAGUCGCAGGAUAUGAGACACUUAAACGACUAAGCCUUAGAGAAGAAUAUAGAGAUUCAGUCAAAUGGUAACAAUAAAUGGCAAACACUAGUCAUUACUUUAGCAAAUUGACUCAUUUUGUGAUAAAAUACGUGUUUUUUGUAAUAUAUUUAAAGAUUUUAAUACAAAUAUUAAUACUUAUAUUAUAUUUUAG